UUAGCAACUCUGGUAACGCGAAAUUUCUUGUAUUAUUUACGUAUUUGGAACAAGUUCGUGAUACUAAACACAGACUAAACGUUGGCUACGGAGUGGAUAAGAUAGAGUGCGCAAUGUCGACGCAAAAUACGGAAAAUGAGGAAAACGCUGCUCCUAAAUCAAAACGACCUUCAGAUUCGGCAUUCAAACAACAACGCCUACCUGCCUGGCAACCUGUGCUAACUGCACGCACCGUUUUACCUACGUUCUUUGUUAUUGGCGUGCUAUUUAUACCCAUUGGCGUUAUCCUUUUACAUUUUUCCAAUGCGUCUAAUGAGCUGAUAAUUGACUAUACAAGAUGCAUGGAAGAUGGUGGAACUCAGGCUUGUGCGGACCUCUUGCCAAACAAAACGAAUGAGAAUUACAGAUGUAAAUGCAAGAUUAACUUUACGCUUACCGAAGAUUUUAUAGGCGAUGUGUACAUGUACUAUGGACUUACCAACUAUUAUCAAAAUCAUCGACGUUAUGUUAAAUCUCGGGACGAUGAGCAACUGCUGGGCCGACUGUCGCAAACCCCCAGCUCGGAUUGCACACCCUUUGCCUUUGCUGCUGAUGGCAAACCCAUUGCACCUUGCGGAGCCAUUGCUAAUUCUCUAUUUAAUGAUACGUUAACCUUGAGCCAAGGCAGCAGUAAUAUCACAUUGUUAAAUACGGGCAUUGCAUGGCCAUCGGAUAAGCGUGUUAAGUUUCGUAAUCCUGAAGGCAAUUUGGAGGCCGCAUUGGUUGGUUUUGAGAAACCCAUAUUUUGGCAAAAACCGCUCUAUAAAUUGGAUGAAACUAAUGAGUCGAAUAACGGUUUCCAAAAUGAGGAUCUGAUUGUUUGGAUGCGUACAGCCGCUUUGCCAAGUUUCCGUAAAUUGUAUCGACGAUUAGAUCAAAGCAAUAACACAUAUUCAAAGGGCCUCAAGGCUGGCGAAUAUACACUGCAUGUGGAGUACAAUUAUCCUGUGGUUUCAUUUGAUGGCACCAAGCGCAUGAUUUUAUCCACAACUUCAGUAUUGGGUGGCAAGAAUCCAUUCUUGGGUAUUGCAUAUAUUGUGGUAGGCGCUAUAUGUGUUACGCUUGGAUUGGCACUACUCUUUAUUCAUAUGCGUUGCAGCCGCAGCAGCAACAUGGAUAUGAUAAACGUUAAUCCACAUACGCAGUACUCAUAGAGGCUGCGAAAGACACACAACUAUGCACCAAUCACUUAGAAAUAGUAGAAGUAUCUUGUUUAAUAAGCAUAAUGAUUUAUUUAUGUAUUGUAUGUCCUUCUAACAGAAAACCCAAAUAGUUUCUAUUAUUAUGUAUUAUACUGUUUUGGCACCAUCGACUGUGCUCCAUUGUUACCAUUUUUUGUAAUUAAUGUUUUGUACUUUUUCUUUUUGUUUAUUAUUAAUAUCAACAAUUGAUAGUUAUGUUUGUGCACCUGCACCUAACAUUCACCUACAUAUGUACAUAUGCGACCAAUGACACCGCUUUCAGGCCAAAUAUAAAAUCAAAAACAAUACAAUACAAUUAAUCAAAAUUAAACAACUGCCUGCCAGACAGUAGCAUUAAGACGACACAAAGAUAAUGUUUUGGUGUGCCAUGUGCGUUCAGGCUGUUGCAUUGAAUAUGAUAUUUUAUUGUAAUAGUGCUUGUGCUAAAUAAAAAGUUGGUCCUAUU